UGUGCCCCAGCGACGAUGAGCUCGGUAGUGAUGCACCUGAGUGAAGUUGCUCCAUGGCCUGGGAGAGCGAUGGGUCCCGUUUCACGAGAACAUGCAUUUGACGUCCUGUGCAGGUGACCCGCGGUGCAAGUGGGUCCUGUACUGCGUCCCGCACAGGUCCCGUACAGGUCCUGUGAGUCCGUCACAUGUCCCGCGUGGGUCCUGUGCAGGUCCCGUUGGGUCCUGUAUAUGGGCCCGUGGGUCACACAGGACUCACACAGGAGUUCCAAGUGGGUCCUGUGUGGGUCCCGCUGGGUUUCAGGUCCUGUGCAAGUGGGUCCCGCUGGGAAUCGAACACAUGUCCUUGCUGUUCUCGACGACGACGGCUCUUAUAUUCAUGUUCUUUACGGUACGUCUCGUCGCUAUCCCUAACGGUACUACUAAUCCAAUUUUCACACCGGGACUGCUCUUCAUCGUCGAGAUGUGGGUGGUGGGUCCCGCUGGGUCCCGUAUACGGGAGUUCCGCGGGACUUUCAGUAUGCCCCAGGUAUUUCAUGCGGCCCGUCGUCUGCUCAACCCCCGGUCUCAGUGUUUCUUCCCUUCCCACCACUCCAGCCCUUAUCACGAAUACCAACUCGUCGAGAUCGUUGACCAUGACGUGCAGUCUUAGUGCAAGUGUUGAGGAUGGCGGGGCCACGAAGUGGACGACGAUGGUCGAUGGGGAUAGCUCGGACGAUACGGCGCACUGCAUCGUCUGCCACCGUCUCUUCGCAUCCACGGAACAACGAAACGAGCACCUCGGCGGCGACAUCUGCCAAUGGACUGCGCGGUUUCGCAAGCUCCCCUUCCCGGAAAGCCCUGAGGCGGUCGACAAGCUCAGAGCGGAGAACGCCACCGAGCGACUGGCUCAUCUGAAGGAGUCGGACGAGCGAUUCAUCAACAUGGGGAUCCUAUACUACGCUCAGCAACAGGGACUCGCGAUUCCUACAAUCCAUCUCGGCCUCAGACGAUCACCCGCCCCUCCAUCUGGAUCCGGCACUCCCACCCCCCUCGCUGCGAGCACCGAGUGGCGGUAUCUCUCCGCCCCCGGAAACCCAGAUCUGGAUGAACUGUUGCGCAGUAUGAAUCCGGGCCUGGAGUUGAAGCAGCAGGCCCUGGAUUGUCUGGCGGAUUACUACAGCACCCCGACGGACAAGACUUGCGAUGUCUGGGAGAUUCCGCAGGAGGUGGAGAGUCCUGAGGUGCGCGCGAUCCUGCGCGAGUGGACCCACAUGUCAUUUGAGGAGUGGGCUACUUCGUUAGCGUAAAUCAAUUAGGCGGCAAAUGAAAGCCACCACUGAAUUUGGUUCAGCAACAUGAGAGAGAGAUCACUCGAACGUAGCCCUGUUUAUGAUCAUUGUACAAAAGUUUAGAAUGUAAAUACCGAAAUUCCUCUUAUUCACAUCCUUAAGAAAACACGAC